UUCUGUUCAAGAUCAAACAUUCGUGACCAACUAUAUUCAUCGGGUUUGGCUCGUCGAACCGUACUGCUGCUGCAGUCAGCCAACAAUCAUUUGCUGAAAUUACUGCUGGCUGUACACGAGCUGAGUGCCUGCUGCUGACGUCACUCACAAUGCACGUUUGCAGCCAGGCACGUGUGUUGUGACUGGGUGUGUGACAGAUAAUAUUUUUGUGUCAUUUAGAAGGAACAUGCGUGCAUGUUAGCGUUUGAGUCACUUUUCAAAACUUGCUAAAAGUUGCCAGGGUAGUCUGAAAAGUUGCUAAAUCGAGCAACAAAAUUGCUAAAUUGGCAUCGAUGUCCAGUCGGCCAAUCAGAAAGCGUUAUACUGCGGUGUGAUGCUAACGCGAGAUUACACCCCUUCAGGUACCACGAAAAAUGGAUGUGUUAGUCAUUUUAAAGGGGACAUGAAGUGCAACAGGCCACAGUGACAUCCCAAGGGGUUCCUGCUGAUUCUACGGAGAUUGUGACAGCUGGUUAAAUUGGAAUUACAGCCAGGGAGAGAAGGAGAAAAAGAGGCAACAGCAGGUACAGGUGUCCCAGCAGAAAGUUAUGUCAUGACAGCAGCAGCUCUCGCCCCAUAUGACCACAGCCGCAAGGCCAAGACAUAAUACAGGUGCAGGUCAGGGGGCAACAGUAGGGCCAGGUGGUUUUCGUGCCAGGUCCUGCAGCUGCAUUCCUCCACCUCCUCCCAUCAACAGGGGUCACCAUAGCCCAGCUAUUACAGUCUGGGAACCGCGCCAACAGGUAAACACACACACACACAGGCCCACCGAUUGGUGUACACACAUAGCUAACCUUCAGCUGCAGGCCGGGUUGCUGGCAGCAGUGGCAGGUGAACAGCAGGUCCAGAUCCAGACAGAGGAAGCUCUCUCCCCCACGCAGCAGCAGUAUUCUCCCCAGGGGAGCAUCAUCCAGACCACCUCCCUGCAGCCAGCCAAGAAGUGUAAGGUGGACAUGCCAUCACAGUGUCCAACGCCCUGCCUGGUCAGUAGCUGGCCACUGUACUAGCCACCCCCAAGUUCAGGUACAGCAGCAGAGCUACGUGUCUCUGAGGCCAGACGUGUUGACUGUAGAUCGCAGCCACCGGUACAGUGUUACAGGUACCAUCACCAGCCCCACUGGAGAGACCUGGACCAUCCCUGUCUAUUCUUCCCUGCCAGGGUCACGUGGUCAUUGUGGCAUUACACACACAUUGCCAUCCCCCAGGAGGCACACAGUGCCAUGCAGGUUGCCGGGGGAACUACAGUGUUAAUGGCACACACUACGCCAACGCAAGUUCCUAUUGGCUCGGGACAUGCGGUUUCCACGCUGAUGGGGUGGUCGGGGGUUCAUGAGGAGGUGCAAUACCAGACGGUGGUGGCCAGCUCUGUUUCCAGCCCAGUUCAUGAAUGGGAACAUUCACAUCCCGGUGGGCGGUGCAGGGGUACGGCAACACCACGCAGUCACUCAUCUGGGACCCCCAGCAACAGGUAUUGCACACACAGAGAGGGGUGCAGGUCCAGGACUCACAGCAACUACAGGUAACUUUAAGAUGUUACAGAUUAGAAUUCUAAAAGCCCCAAACAUCUACAUCUAGACCAAAGUUGUGGGGGUGACGAGUGGGGACUCUCAGCAACUCUAUGGUACUACACCUACAAUAGUCCCAACACCACAGGAGACAGGGAUGGGAGGAGGGAAAGGGGCCCUGCUCCAGGGGUCAAAGGUGUCAGGGAAGAGAUCCAAGGGAGGGAUGGAGGUGGAAGUAGGAAGAGGAGGCACUAGUGGCUGUGACCUUUGACCCAGACAUGAAGGAAGAAGAGCUGCUGAAUGAUUAUUUCCAGCUGAAGGUAAAGUUGGGGGAUCUGUACACAGUGGGGAGCAACCGACCCACACUUUUAACACAUCGCCAACAUUUUCACAGGUGUAUUCUUCACCCCAGGUGUGAGACUGCUGUUCCAGGUCACCACGGAGUGCCGGUUCUCCUUCAUCUGCACCUCCAACAACCAGAUCUCUCAUAUCCAGGGCAGUUGGACCAGACCAUCUACCACAACUUCCCGUCCCUGCAUGCCCUUGCAGACAGCAAUGUGGAGGCGGUGGACGGUGGACCCCAGUGGCUACCUGCAGGCUGGGGAUUCACUGCGCACUCUGCCCAGGGUGGGCCCCAACGUAUGCCUCAACCCUUCAGGGCAAUUAAGGGUGCAUCUUCAAAGUGUGCAGCUGAGGAAUGGCUUUCUAUGAACCAACUACUGUGUGUGUCUGAUGGACAAGGCCUGUGUUGUGCCUGUGGACAUGUGUGGCAGAUUACUGAACAAGACCACAGCUGUGCGGCUGUAAACGGGCAGAAGAGCCUCAGACAGUCUGCUGUGAGAUUGGGGAAUUCUUCAGACAGCCAUGGGUCUUUAUGCUCGGUGUUCUGUGCUGACCUGAAGAAGUUCCAGAAGCUGACAGAAACACCCUCUGAAACAGGAGGAGGAGAAGGUCACGAUAAAGGUAGCGGGAAUGGGGAAGGACAAGAAAAUGUGUAAUAAAAAGGUCUGUGAAGAAAGAGGUGGAUGUGGUGUGAGGUCAGCAGAGGUUAUUUGUUGAUGAUUUAUGUUAGCUCAGGAGGCUAAACUGAAUAUCUGUUAUUCUCUGCAUACCUUUCUCGGGAGCAACUAGGCUUGUGAGGCUGACAAUCUGACCUUGUCUCCCUAGGUUUAUGACCUGAUUGCAUGCAAACCAAGGUCACUGUCAGUGUUUUUUUCCUGAUGACUUUGUAGAAUGAUGUAAGACGGAUAUAUACAUGUGAUAGAUGUCAUAAGAGACAGAGUUCACUCCGAACCAGACUUUUAUUGUCUGUCAUAUAUUUCUGUGUUCAGGCUCUGAACUGAAGGCUACUGAUUCCUUUUACAGUGAUUCAUGUCUGGGAAUUAAGCUCUACAGGUGUGGGUAAUUUUACUCUUCUCUUUUUCUCUUCUUUACAUAGAUACUUUCUCAGUGUUUAGUUCCUAUCUAUUUUUUUCUAGAUCAAUGGACCACCAAAAAUACUUUGUAUUUGUACGUUUAUUUUUUUACAAUGAAAUAAAAAGGUUUUGUACUUGUU